UCUGGUCAUUGUUCAGCGGGCAGACUCAGCCGGUGACGAUCGUUUGCCGUGUGUGGAGAUGGACACCGUGAGCAGUAAGUUACAGCAGAAGGCUCUGCAGCAACCUAAGCAGAAGAAAUCCAAGUCGGCUGAAUUUCUGAUGGGAAAUAGACGUGCCCAAAAUGACUUUGACCCGGCGUCGGCUGAGCAGACACACCCAAGGCAUUGCAGGAUGACCGGGGUCAGCGCUGAAGAUGAGCUGGAAUUAAAAAUAUUGAAUGCUGAUGAAAACCACCUGUAUCAAAGAAUGUCUGCAUUUCUGGAUGAGGAGGAUACCUUUAUAAAUAUACCUGGUACGCUGCCAGCCUCCAGGGAUGAGGAGGUGUUGGAGGUGAAGGCGGGUGACCUGUCAGCUGAUUCCGCUUGCUCUUCCUCAUCUCUUCCAGGGAAGAAUUCCUCCUCCGGAGCCAUUUCUGAAAACACGGGAGAGAAAAGUGAUCCAUGCGGGGAGAAAGCAGAGGGUGGGACUCAUGACAAGAAGAAGCCAAUCAAGAAGACAAAUAGCUGCGGCCCCAGCAUGAGCGGCGGCGGCUGCGGCGGUGGCAGCGGCUGCGCACCGCCUCGGCAGGCAGACAACGGAAGAUGCACUUCGAUGGAGGCGAUGGAGGAGUAUACAUUCUCCCUACAAUCAGCACGGACUGGAUCUGGGUCCUGCACGUCGCGCCUGUCCGAGCGAGCCCGUCUGGCCCUCCGCAUGCUGCCGUCCGAGCUGGGCCUGCCGUUGCCGCGGCAACAACAGUUGCAUAGUCGCUGGCGUUGCUCCGUUCGGCAGCUCGGCCUCAUUAUGCUGCUGCUGGCUUUGAUGUGGUUUGUGAGGCUCUACCUGCAUUACUGCAGCCAGUGGCUCUUCCUCCAGGCCAUAGCAGUUCCUGUCAACAAAUUCCAGUUCCACGCACACACGGUGGACCUCGUUUACCAGAGUUCUUUGCUCCACACCCGGGAGGAGCUGGCUAUGGUGGUGGUGGGUCCCCUGACCUUGAACGCCGUAACGUUCCUGCUGGUUCUGAUCAGAUGUGGCUGUCAACAAAUAUUUGGCUCACUCCCUUCCUUCACGUCAAAGUUUAUCAUGGCUCAGGGAGUGUGGACAGUCCUCGACCCUCUGGCAGUCUUUGCAGUGGACGCUGUCCUCGGGCGUCUCGCCUACAGCCCAGACACACCAGUGGGUGACGCAGCCAAACUUUAUUGGCACUUCCAUCGUGUCGACCAAUCAGGUGCAGCGGGAGUGGUCAUCACUCUCUUUCUGUAUGCCGUCCUCUUCCUGCUCUCCAUAACCAUCCUCUUCAUUAACAUCCUCAGAUUCCACAACGAUGGUCGCAUGCUGGACAUCUUUCAGCGGCUCACAGCCAAGGAGGGGACGUACUUCCUGCCUCAAGACCUGGAGCUGUCCAAUCAGGAGCUGAGCUAUGUUGUCAAGAAGGCGGAGCAGUGGAGAGGCUUUAAUGGGGAGAGACGCAAGGUGGCAGUCUAUGAUUAUAUUUGGACCGUGGAAGACCCACCGGCAGGCUCUGCAGCCCCUGCCGACCUCCCAAGAGAGGAUGCAGCUCUACCAGAGGGCGAGACCAGCACCCACGUGGCAGUCUACACCCUCUACCUCAGUGGGCUGAAACAAAGAUACAGGCACUUCCUCCGACAACCAGAUGGGGCUAUCAUUGAGGUGAUUGGUGACGUGGAAGGGUUGGUGCCCUGCCCGGGUCGGGGCUCGGCCAAUCGGAGAGAGGACAAGGAAGGUGCGAAUGCUGCACACCAGCUUCGGAAACGGAAGAAAGUAUUUGGGCGGUCCAAUCGUGUGGAGCCAAUAGGAGGAAGUGGGUGUGGCUUCAGUUUUGCACUGCAAGACCUCAACCGAUGAAACCAAAGCAAAGGAUGAGAUGGUUGGAUCCUAAACUAAUGUAAGUCAGCUUAUCAAUCUGUUUGACUUUAAUCCUCUGCAAAAUAGUACAGUAGUUGGUACAUGUAUUGAAUAGUUUGUGCUUUUUGUGUUGUUGUAGGAUUUAAAUAUUAAAAACACUUUCACACCAAAAUGUGGCGUGAAAAGAUCUCAUUCACUUUUGCAAUAACUUUUUUCUUAGUUCUAAUGUGUGUACUGUAUUUUUGGUUCUCAAUUCCUGAGUACUAUACCUUUUCAUGACAAGUUUAAUUACAGAAUAACGGCAACCAAAAACAGUUUUGUAAAUUAUUUUGUUCUGGCAUCCCCCAGCAAGUAAACACAAAUAUUAUUAGUGAACUAGUUAUAACCAAACAAUGUCCAGCGACACCAAGGAAUGCAGUGAGGUCUCAACACGUUGAAAAAUGAAGAUUCUAAAAUUCCCUAAUCAGAACACGAGUGAUAAAAUAUCAAUAUUGGCCUCACAUAAAGCAAGAUAAUAUUCAGGCCUGUUUGAUUUGUAUUGAAUAUGUGUCUGCUAGCCGGUGCUCAGUGUAAUGAAGUGGCUCACAAAUCAGGCCAUAAUGGCUGCCUACUUACACAUAUUGCUUAAUUAAAGGUUGUGAGCUUAUUAGCAUGUGUCUCUGGCACAGGGCGCGGCGAGAUGGGAAUCGGGUCUGAUGUCGUUGAGGGCCAGGCUUUAAAGGUUUUAUAGAUGUCUAACCUAUCACACUAAAGCCAUAGCCCCCUGUCCCCAAGAUCGGAUCUUAAUAACCUGUCAUUUUCAUUGAUGAUGAUUCGCCUUUAUGGGCAGCCAUUACAGAUCAAGUUCUAAGUCGUGUUGGAUGGCGAUAGCGACCAUUCGUGCCCGUCAUUACCAGAAGACACACCUUACCUCGGCCUUGAUGGUGCUUUUCACCUCCAUGUUUAAAACCAUCUCAGCCAGGGCCCAAGGGGGGCGUGGUGCACAGUGUUAUAUAGAUACACACACACACACACACACACACACUCUCUCUCACACACAUAACGAACGCAGGCCAUCUGCAAUACGACAUGAGGAAAGCACAACAUGUAGGCCUAAUUAUACAGGGAUUGCAUUGAUUGUUUGUGUCCACUGUGUGCCAACUCUCACCAGAUCAUGACGUUUUGUCUAAUUUGGUGUGUUUUCAGCAUUGGCAGGAUGUGUCAGACUCUGGUGUUGCGUCCUGUCCUUCCGUCUGCCUUUGACACUAGCCAGAACCUAUAGAGCUAAUGCGCUCCAAUUAGAGAUCACUCCAUUAACAGUGACAGUGCUACACCCCCCAAUUCAAUCAGCCCCUUAAUGAACAUUAAGCAGAGACGCCGGCUCUUAGAGACGACAGGAUGCUCUCUCUCUCUCUCUCUCUCUCUCUCUCUCUCUCUCUCUCUUUGUCCUACUUUACUCCCUCUCUACCGAUCCGUAUUGUUCUCAUCCUCUCACCCAACUCUCCUGUUCUUUUUAUUUCCCCUGUUUGUCUGUUUUCAAUGGUACAGUAUUGGACGCAAAAUCAACACAGCUGAGAAGCAUACAAAUAGCUCUGUUCUGUUUUGAUAUGUUAAUAAUGAUUUAUAAAUCCAUACUAUUUGAUGAUUUUUUUAGACUCCUGCUUUUUCUCUUGUUUGAUGUUUUCUGAAAGCAGCACCAACUUUUCAGUUCAUCAUCAAAACAAUGCCCUCUGCAAUAUUUUCCAACGGAGGGCGGACGGUGCAGAUACAGGCGGGGGUGGGGGUGCAAAGGUAUUUCAAUGGUUCAAAUAUUUGAUUGUUAAUGACAAACACCAUUUCACCACAAUUUAAAUUUAAAAUUGAUCCCUGGGAGCAAUUAUUUCUGGGGGAGAAAAACACGCCGCUAGGUCUCCGCUCCACACACUUGCUGAUUUAAGUUAAAAGAAAACCUUUUUGCAGAGCUAUCAUAAGGGAGCUGCAAUUUUUUGAAGUAAGUGCCUGCAUCUGCUUAGAGCCAACCCAACCUGGGGAUGUUGCUGGAGAGUGAGAAAAUAGAGGAAAAAUAGAACAUAAAAAGAAAAAAAUAACACUUUGUCUAAUUCUAUAUUUAUGUAGCCCUCAGCUUGCGGUGUUCACAUAAAACAGUUUGUAUUCAGAAGUGCUGCGGUGAUCGUAAUGCUGCACGUAGAGAUCGGCGACUCUUCUGGCACGGUUGGCGGGUGCAGCUCAGCCUGAUUCAUUUGAAUUAAAGUUACCAACUAAAUAAAAGGGAUUCAAAUUCUCACUUUUGCUUUUUUUCUUCUUCUAUAUUUUUCUUUCCGGACCUUUUCUGAUUUUUUUUUUUUUUUUUAAGGCAAGCACUAAUGUAUUUCUUUUGAUGAAGAACUUUGUACAUUUACUGUGUUUGCAUAUACCUCUAUUCACCUGACUUCAUUUAUGGCAUCUUUUUGUUUGAUGUUGAAAUUUCUUUAUGUCUUGCACAGAGCUUGUUGUUCUGAUGUUUUUGGAUCAGAGAAAAAAGAAGAAUAUCUGGCUGACAACUAAAUGUGUGUGAACCUCAUGUGUGUCCACUUCUCAUCUAUUAAAAAUGUUUAUUUUUCUGUAAAAAAUCA